AUGAAAAUAAUCAUAUUUGGUGCUAGUGGUAGUGUUGGUUCGGAAUGCGUUCGACAAGCCAUUGAAGAUAAAAAUAUUGAACAUAUAACAGCUAUUACACGACGUCCUCUCGACAAGAAUCUAAUCUCUGAUAAACUUACUAAUAUUAUUCAUACAGAUUUUCUCGAUUAUAAUUCAUUGUCAAAUCUAUUUGAAAAUCAUCAAGCAUGUAUAUGGGCAUUAGGCAUAUCACAAAAUGCUGUUAAUGAAAGUGAAUAUAUUAAAAUUACACAUGAUUAUACAUUAGCAGCUGCUAAAACUAUAGCACAUGUUAAUCCAAAUAUGCGAUUUAUAUUUGUUAGUGGAACGGGUGCUGAUUCAACAGAACAAAGUCGAUUUCUAUUUGGUCGUAUUAAAGGUAAAACUGAAAAUGAUUUAGUUAAAGAAAGUGGUCUUAAAGAAAUAUAUACUGUACGUCCGGCUGGUAUUUUAUUUACACAAAUACAUUCAAAUAAACCUUGGUAUGAACGAGCUUUUGUACCAAUAUUAUAUAUUUUUAAAGCAAUCAAACCAUCAUGGGUUAUAACAUCAAUAGGAUUAGCACGUGCAAUAUUAUAUUUAGUCAAAAAUGGUCAUCAUGCAACAUUAUUUGAAAAUCAAGAUUUAAACAAUAUUAUUAAAGAACAUCAUCUUAUUCAUUGA